CUCAUACAGCCUGUUAACAUCUCCUUUGUCAGUCAUGACAUUCUGGCACUCUUGGAGAGACAAGUCAAAAAAAGGUGUGAUCUCCUCAUGUGGAAAGAAAAUGAAAACAAAGCAGGAUCUUUCCCAACACAACUUAGGCCAAACUACCAGCUAAAGUCUUCACGGAAAAUGUUAGCCUCAAUUGCUGAUAAGCAUGACUUGGCAGCCUCCCUUACUUUUUGGGCUAGUAAAGGCAAACUAGAGGGGCAGCACACCCAUCAGCAGCCCCCAUACUCUAAGUGCUUUGAGGACCAUUUAGAACAAAAAUAUGUGCAGCUCUUCUGGGGUCUCCCAUCUCUGCACAGCGAGUCUCUUCACCCUACCGUUCUUGGCCAACGUGGCCGUUCCUCCAUGUUUGUAUUCUUCAAUGGCAUUACAAAUACAUCUAUAUCCCAGGAAUCCCAAGUACUUCCACCUCCCCAACCUCUGUCCUUGCCUAAUACCCAAGCUCUACCCUUGCCUCAAACCCUGCCCUAAGGUCAGUCCCCACAUCUCACUCAGGUCCAGUCCCACGAUCAACAUCAAUCUCCACUCCCAGCCCUACUACCUAGUCCUCUAUUCCUGAUUAGGAUCUGUGGAGUGUGUUUUCAUAGUUCCUAGAAUGAGGCAUGGUCUCUUACGCCAUCUGAAAUUAAUCUUCUGGAGUGUAACGUGUUGCAGAAAGUGCAGGAAAGUGUGUGGGGAGAGCCUAGGUCAGAAACAAGUUGAAAAUGCCCUGACAGUACAUUUGAGCAAGAAGUUUGAGGAAAUCAAUGAGGGUCGAAUGCCUGGGACUAUGCAUAGUUCAUGGCAUUCAGUCAAGCAGUCAAUGUCUCUUGCUGAGGAAUCCCACAGCCAAAUAAAACAUCGAAAUAUGGCAGCAUUGGUGAGUGAGGACCAUGGCGUUGAUACUUCCCAGGAGAUUUCUUUCCUUAGCUCCAACAAACAAAAGAUGUUUGAAACUCAUAUUAAAUCUUCCCAUAUGAAGAUGCUGUGGGGCGUUCCCCACAAGGUCCUGGAAUACAUGGAAAUCUUCAAAUUGAAAGAGGACCUUUCCAAUUCCUUUUCCCAUUUCAAUUUUCCCUCCUCAGCCACCUUCAUUUCUUGGGGAGAUACCAAAGAUGGGGUCUCUAACUCUAAUAGACAAAGCACUUUCCAAGGAGGAAAGUUGGGAACAACAAGCUCAGUCCCUGUCCUCGAUAAUUCUCAUCAUGUCACCUCACCUGUUGGCAAAGAAAAACCGGAGACUCUAGGAAGACAAUUUACUGAUGCUGACCAUGACCUUAUAGAGACAGAUUCUAAAGAUGGGGCCUCCAUGCCCCUUAGAAAAGGCACUACAGAUUUUCAAGGAGAAAAGUUAGAAACAACAAGCUCAUUCUCCACCCUGGGUCAUCCUCAACUGGUCUCCUCACCUAUUGAUGAAGAAAAGCAGGAGACCCUGAAAAGAGAAUUCGCUGAUACUGACAAUGAUCUUACAGAAAGUGUCCCAACAACUGAGGAUGGCGGACAGACUUUUCUGUCCCCCGCACACAGCAUCAUAGACGAAGUCAGUCAGAAACAGACUAUACUGGCCAGUAGGUGCAGCACAGAGCUGCCCAUAAUGCAAGCUGGAGUUGGCCGUGAGUCAAGGGAUGAGAGGAGUGCCAGUAAUGUUAACAGGCUUCAGGGCAGUAGAAAGACCUUUCCUGUCACCAAUGGGUCGAAGGAGAUGUUCAAGGAAGAGGAGAGCUGUGCUCUUCAAUCACAAAAUAGGAACAACUUGACAUCCAGCAAGUCAGGAAGCUGCUUAGAGACAAAUGUAAAAACAAGCACAUCUCAUGAAACUGAAAUUUUCCCACCAAGAGUAUCAGUUCCCCAAGAUCCUAUAUCAUAUCUUAAAAAUCAGAUGCUGAGUCAGUUAAAGUUGGUCCAGAGAAAGGAUAGCCAACUUCAGAGCCAUUUCACUGACAUGUCUCUUGCCUUAGAUAACUUGAGUUCCAAGGACUUACUGACUCAUCCCCAGGGCAUUUCAAGUCGGGACAUGGAAACUUCCCAGGUGCUGCAUGUCCACUUGGAGGACAGAGGGAUCUGUGCGGCACAGCAGCAGGAACCCAUCCCUACCCAUGUCUUACAGAAAUGCCAAGUUAAGAAUUUUUCACCAGUUACAAAGAGAGUGAGCCCUCUAAGACCCAAGGGAGGAGAGGUUGGUGGAGGGGAUGCAGGGUUCGGGACAUCCCAACUAUCCCAACUCAGGAGAAAGAGCCACGCUAUUGAUAACAAGACAUCAAGGGAGUUGCUUGGGAGCAAAUCUUCCCUAACCUUGAAAACACAGCCUCCUCCUGAAAACCUUUUCAGAAAGUGGAUGAAGACCUUUUUGCAGCAGUUUAAUAAACCCAACAUAACAUAUGAAGAACAAGAAAGUUCCCAGGCAAAGGAUAGCUCCCUGUCAUCAUCUGUGCAGAAUAGAGGUCGAGUUACAAGUAGAGCUGCUUUUACUGGGACUACUGAAGCUCAGAAAAUUAGGAAAGACACUGGGGAGUUCCUGAAGCUGUGGCAUAGGCAUGGGAUAGAUGUCACCUGUCCCCAAGAGCCCCUUGCCUCCCCAGUAUAACUUGGGAAAGCUAAGCAUGGGCCAGAUGUGGAGGGCAGAGCAGAGCCUGUCCAAGGCUAUCCCCACAACUGCACAGCUCCCUCCCGCAAAGUGACAUGUACCAAAUCCUGCAGCCAACAAGCUAUCUUCGUUGGCCAGAAUUAUCCUAUAAUGAUUAAACAGAUCAUAGACAAGUACAGACAGCCCGAGAAAGUUGAGGCAUUUAAGGGGAAGAUAUUGUGUCAAAGCCAUCCCCCAUCCAUGCCCCACAGGAAGCCUAUGCCACAUUCAAACCCCACUUGUUGGUGUCAUGUCACCCUGGUGUGUCCAGCUGUCCCAACCAGUGCUAAAAGCACUGUGUUCAGUGAUGUGCCUUUACCAACUGGACAGAAAACGCUUCCGAAGCAUUUCCAGAGAGGAAAAUUUUCCCCCACAAAAUAAUUCACUCCUUGUUGAGAACCUUGA